UCUGCUCUUUGGAAGUUUUAGGGAAGUCCUUAGUCCUUAACAACAAGCCACUCUGGCUAUAGCAAGGUUAAAAAAAAAAAAAAGGAUAUAGGCUGUAACUAGAGAUUGUGCCUGUCUUAUUUAGCAUUUCAAAACAAAAACCAUAAACAAACAUCUCAGAUUCAAAACAGAAAGGAAUUUCUGGCAGGGCAGGGUGAAACCUGAGCCUGCAAAGUCCUGGGUCUACAAGAGGUAACUUAUUUAGGUUCUUAUCCAAAGGCCACAAGCAGAACGGUUCCCAGCUGUGAUAAAACAAAAGGCACCUCAACACUGGAGAGUUGUGAUACUUCUUUUUUAAGACUACAAAAGACCUGCCAAAAUAAGGUAAAGCUACCUUAAGGAAGUUUGACCUGAGCUAGACUUUUCAUCUUAAGGAUUAGUUGGACCACUUCAGACCCAUCACAUGUGAGGGACCGUCCGUCCAGGAUGCAGGCGCUCAGUACCCUCGGUGUGUGUUCUGGGUUCCGCAGAGACAGAACAUCCCAUCCUCUGGUCAAGUGUAGACCUAGAAAACCUUCACAUGGUCUCCCCUUUUCCUCCCUUCCCAUAGUUGGCAUCUUUGCUUUCUUGAAGAUAUGGACAUUUACAUUCUGCAUGGGGGAAAAGGGGAUAAGUAGGUAGUUCUGCCUCCAAAAACCAACGUAGAAGGAUGUUUAAAUGGUUUGAGGAACACUGAGUAUUCUGUGCGUUUUUCAGAGCUACUGAGUUCUUCUAUUUCAGGCAGAUCUUGGGAAAAUUUGUUACCACUGUCUGUGACCUAAAAAUGAAAGGCCAAAUGAAUUUCCAUGUUUUAAUCAAAAGGACGAAUGGGUUCACGUGUGUACCGGUUUGUGGCAGGGAGGACUUACGGCUGCUCGGAGAGAGAACGAACGCAACAUUCCUGCUCGGGAGAAUAUACAUGAUACGGGAGACGAAGUAGCUGUGCCUUCAGAUCUGCUUUCGGCCCCUCGUAGCUCAGUAAUUCACAUGAAACCUCCGCUUCCCAGGACAUUGCCUUACUUUGUGUAAAGGGAAUUAGGUAGUUGCCUACCUGAAGGCGGAGGAGCUGAACCCAUGAUAUCUUAAGGCCCUUCUGGUCAUAAGUUCUAUGUUUUUACGACCUAGAAGUGGGGCACAGGAGUCAAAUAUUACCUCGUAUUUGCAGAGCCAGGGAAGGGAGAAGUGGUCGUGUCUCCAGGACUCUCUGCCAAGUGCUGUCGACGGAAGGGCUUGCAGGAAGAGAGAGAUCAAGCGUUCUCGCACAGUUCUGUUUAUGGCGAGGCGGUGGAGAGGGCAAAUCACAGUUAUCGGGAAGUUACUGACGUCUUUAAAUGGUGGCAAUCUUUAAGCCGUGGUGACUAUUAGCCCGGCCUGGAGUCAGGGCAGAAUUUAUGCCUCUCUUUUGUGAAUGUGCCGGCCUGCUGCCUUCACUCUGUCCCUUUUCCUCUUUGACUUCGUUAAUUAUGACGACCAUGAGGAAGACGAGAACUGGGACGAUGACCAGCUGCUUGGUUUUGAACCCUGCAACGAGAACCUUGUCUCUGGAUGCAAUAUAAUCAACGGGAAAUGUGAAUGUGACACCAUUCGCACCUGCAACAAUCCCUUCGAGUUUCCCAGGAAGGAUAUGUGCCUUUCAGCUUUGAAGAGGAUCGAAGAAGAGAAGCCAGAUUGCUCCAAGGCCCGCUGUGAAGUCCAGUUCUCUCCACGGUGUCCUGAAGAUUCCGUUCUGAUCGAGGGCUAUGCUCCCCCCGGGGAGUGCUGUCCCUUACCCAGCCGCUGCGUGUGUGACCCCGCGGGCUGCCUGCGCAAAGUCUGCCAGCCGGGAUACCUGAACAUUCUAGUGUCCAAAGCCUCAGGGAAGCCGGGACAGUGUUGUGACCUCUAUGAGUGCAAACCAGUUUUCAGCGUGGACUGCAGCACUGUGGAGUGCCCCUCCGUUCAGCAGGCUGUGUGCCCUCUGGACAGCUACGAGACUCAAGUCCGACUCACAGCGGACGGUUGCUGCACCCUGCCAACAAGAUGCGAGUGUCUCUCUGGCUUAUGUGGUUUCCCCGUGUGUGAGGUGGGAUCCACUCCUCGCAUAGUCUCUCGUGGAGAUGGAACACCUGGAAAGUGCUGUGAUGUCUUUGAAUGUGUUAAUGAAACAAAGCCAGCCUGUGUAUUCAACAACGUGGAAUAUAACGAUGGGGAUAUGUUUCGAAUGGACAGUUGUCGGUUCUGCCGAUGCCAAGGGGGUGUUUCCAUCUGCUUCACGGCCCAGUGCGGAGAGCUGAACUGUGAGAGGUACUACGUGCCUGAAGGAGAGUGCUGCCCCGUGUGCGAAGAUCCCGUGUAUCCUUUUAAUAACCCUGCUGGCUGCUACGCCAAUGGGCAGAUCCGCGCCCACGGAGACCGGUGGCGAGAGGACGACUGCACGUUCUGCCAGUGCAUCAACGGAGAGCCGCACUGCGUGGCGACGGCCUGCGGACAGAGCUGCAUGAACCCCGUCAAAGUGCCUGGCGAGUGCUGCCCUGUGUGCGAAGAACCAACCUACAUCACAAUUGAUCCGCCUGCAUGCGGGGAGUUAUCAAACUGUACGCUGACAGAGAAGGAGUGCGUUUAUGGUUUCAAACUUGAUCACAAUGGUUGUCGAACUUGUCAGUGCAAAAACAGGGAGGAGCUGUGCUCGGGCCUCAAGCGAGGCUGUACCUUGGACUGCCCUUUCGGUUUCCUGACUGAUGCCCACAACUGUGAGAUCUGUCAGUGCCGCCCACGGCCCAAGAAGUGCAGACCCAUAAUCUGUGACAAGCAUUGUCCGUUUGGAUACCUGAAGAAUAAGCAUGGCUGUGACAUCUGUCGCUGCAAGAAAUGCCCGGAGCUCCCAUGCAGUAAAAUCUGCCCCCUGGGUUUCCAGCAGGACAGUCACGGCUGCCUUCUCUGCAAGUGCAGAGAGGUCCCUGCUCCAGCCGGGCCACCUGUCCUGUCAGGCACAUGUCUGUCCAUGGACGGCCGUCACCAUAAAAAUGAGGAAAGCUGGCACGAUGGGUGCCGGGAAUGCUACUGCCACAGUGGACGGGAAAUGUGUGCUCUGAUCACCUGCCCGGUGCCUGCCUGUGGCAACCCCGCCAUUCAUCCGGGACAGUGCUGCCCGUCAUGUUCAGAUGACUUUGUGGUACAAAAGCCAGAGCUCAGCACCCCCUCCAUUUGCCACGCCCCUGGAGGAGAGUACUUUGUGGAAGGAGAGACGUGGAACAUCGACUCGUGCACACAGUGCACCUGCCACAGUGGGAGGGUGCUGUGCGAGACCGAGGUGUGCCCGCCGCUGCUCUGCCAGAACCCUGCACGCACCCAGGACUCCUGCUGCCCGCAGUGUACAGAGGAACCUCCUCAGCCUUCCUCCCCCCAUAACGAGAGCGUGCCUAGUUACUGCAAAAACGACGAAGGGGAUAUCUUCCUGGCGGCCGAGUCCUGGAAGCCCGACGUUUGUACCAGCUGCGUGUGCAUGGAUAGCGUCAUCAGCUGCUACUCCGAGUCUUGCCCGUCAGUAUCCUGCGAAAGACCUGUCUUGAGAAAAGGCCAGUGUUGUCCCUACUGCAUAGAAGACACGAUCCCAAAGAAGGCGGUGUGCCACUUCAGUGGGAAGGCCUACGCGGACGAGGAGCGCUGGGACAUUGACAGCUGCACGCACUGCUACUGCCUGCAGGGCCAGACCCUCUGCUCCACCGUCAGCUGCCCCCCUCUGCCCUGCGUCGAGCCCAUCAACGUGGAAGGAAGCUGCUGCCCGAUGUGCCCAGAGAUGUAUGUCCCAGAACCAACCAAUAUACCCAUUGAGAAAACCAAUCACCGUGGAGAGAUUGACCUGGAGGUCCCCUUGUGGCCUACACCCAGUGAAAAUGACAUCAUCCAUCUCCCCAGAGACAUGGGUCACCUGCAGGCCGAUUACAGAGAUAACAACAGGCUGCAUCCAAGCAGAGAUUCUUCACUGGACUCCAUUGCCUUGGUUGUGGUUCCCAUAGUAAUCAUCCUCUCUGUUAUCAUAGUACUCCUGUACAUCAAUCAGAAGAAACAGUGGAUGCCACUGCUUUGCUGGUAUCGAACACCAACUAAGCCUUCUUCCUUAAAUAAUCAGCUGGUGUCUGUGGACUGCAAGAAAGGAAGCAGAGUCCCGGUGGACAGUUCGCAGAGGAUGCUAAGAAUCGCUGAACCGGACGCAAGAUUCAGUGGCUUCUACAGCAUGCAAAAACAGAACCACCUACAGGCGGACAAUUUCUACCAGACAGUGUGAAGACAGGCGACGUGGCUGAGGGUUUGAGAGACAGAAAACGACUAAAUCUGCUUUUAAGAGUAAACUAGAAUUCGUGCACUUGCUUAGUGGAUCGUUUCGGAUUGUGACUUGAUGUACAGCGCUGAGAACUCCCCGGGAUGGGCUCUGUCUACAGCAGUGUGCAGAACAAAGCAUUCCCACUUUCCUCAAGAUAACUGACCAAGCGUUUUCUUAGAACCAAAGUUUUCAAAGUUACUAAGAUAUAUUUGCUUGUAAUAUAGCUGUAGAGAUAUUUGGGGGCGGGGACAGUGAGUUCAGUGGGGGAGAUGGGUUGGGCGGGUGGCGUUAGGAAGGCAGAUUGGUCAGCUGAGCUCGGGGGUGGGGGGAGAAAUCCAGUUAAAAUAAAAGCAAUUGAGUGGCCCAGAGGAGCUUUUUUUGCCUGUUGCUCUGAAGACUGCACUGGUUGCUUCAAAGCUCGGGCCAAGUGAGCGGGAAACAAAGGCCUUGUGAUCCAGCUGCCAUGGUCACCUUAGGACUGCAGACGAGCGCACCAGCACCUGUCGCUAGCCAUCCCCGGGCUAAAGCCAUGAGUUUCUUUUCUAUACAGUCACGCUGCAGUGGGCAGUGAGGAAGCAGGAGAAAUGCGCUGCCGCGUUUCUCUGAUGCGGGUUGUUACAGAGAUAGUUAAAACUUUUUGCUGCUUUUUGUUUUCUUGCAAGCAAUCAGCCAGUUCCUAGCAGAGUCAGCGAGUGAACAAGACCUAGGUCAUUUCUUGAUGUGAGCACUGGAGCUUUUCUUACCACAGUGUGGCAGGAACGAGGGAGGGGGCGAAGGACCCCAGGUAUUUCCAGGGGCUGUACUUCAUUGUCUGUCGUGGCUUUGUUCUCUUGUUGGGUGUUCAUAGUUUUUGUUGAAGCUCUAGCUUAAGAAGAAACUUUUUUUAAAAAGGACUGUUUGGGGAUUUUUGUUUUCCUUAUUAUAUACUGAUUCUACAAAAUAGAAACUACUUCAUUUUAAUUGUAUAUUAUUCAAGCACCUUUGUUGAAGCUCAAAAAAAAAUAUGCCUCCUUAAACUUUAGCAAUUAUAGGAAUAUUUAUGUAACUAUCUUAUGCUUCAAAAAAACAAAAGUAUUUGUGUGCGUGUGUAUAUAAUAUAUAUAUGCAUAUAUAUUUAUACACAUACAAUUUAUGUUCUCCUGUUGAAUGUAUUUUUAUGAGAUUUUAACCAGAACAAAGACAAACAGGCAUUCCAUAUCAAUGCUUUUGAUCACCUACAAAUUUUUAUGAACACAAAAUCUCAUUCUACCUGCAGUUUAAUUGGGAAGAAAGAUGUGUGUGGUGAGUGUGUGUGAGUGUGAGUGUGUGUACACACACGCCUUUUGCAGUCAGCAUCACACGUGCUAUGGAGAAGGUAUUCCUUUACUAAAAUGUUCCUCAUUCAGAUAUGCUUUCUGUUGGUUUUCAGUUUGCUCACGGCCAGAAACACUGAUGGCAGUUUAUCUGCGUCACUAAUCAGCUCCUGGAUUUUUUUUUUCUUCAAACAACUGUUUGAAACAACUACUGGAAUAUUGUCCAUAAUAAGCUGGAAGUUUGUUGUAGUUUGCCUCAAAUAGAACUGACUGUAUACUAUAGUGUUAACUUUUCAAACAGCUCUUAGCACUUUUAUACUAAUUACCCAUUUGUGCAUUGAUUUUUCUUUUUAAAAUGCUUGUUGUGAAAGACACAGAUACCCAGUAUGCUUAAUGUGAAAAGAAAAUGUGUUCUGUUUUGUAAAGGAACUUUCAAGUAUUGUUGUAAAUACUUGGACAGAGGUUGCUGAACUUUAAAAAAAAAUUAAUUUAUUAUUAUAAUGACCUAAUUUAUUAAUCUGAAGAUUAACCAUUUUUUUUGUCUUAGAAUAUCAAAAGGAAAAGAAAAAGGUGUUCUAGCUGUUUGCAUCAAAGGAAAAAAGAAGAUUUAUUAUCAAGGGGCAAUAUUUUUAUCUAUUUCCAAAAUAAAUUUGUUAAUGAUAUGAUGUUACCAAAAUAGAUUUACAUCAGCCUGAUUAGUAUAAAAUUUUGUUGACAAUUAAUCCAUUCCUGGCAUAAAAAAUCUCUAUCAAAAAAUUGUAAAUGCUUGCUUUUUGUUUUUUCAAUCAUGGCCAUAUUAUGAAAAUACUAACAGGAUAUAGGAUGAGGUGUAAAUUUUUUUAUUAUUAUUUUAAAGAUAUGAUUUAUCCUGAGUGCUGUAUCUAUUACUCUUUUACUUUGGUUCCUGUUGUGCUCUUGUAAAAGAAAAACAAAUAUAAUUUCCUGAAGAAUAAAAUAGAUAUAUGGCACUUGGAGUGCA